UCUCACUCUCCCUCUCUCCCCAUCGCACACCACACCCACCAUGGCCGGCCCCGGCCCCUCAAACGCCUACUAUCGACGGUUUGCCCAGGGCGCCUCUGGGCCGAUCCACGCGCCGACGGGCAGCGCGGCUCCUCUGCUCGACACCCCACAGAGCAGCGAAGAGUUUGCGGACGAGGCAGCGCAGGAGAGCCUGUACGCGGUCCUCAACGUGCCCACGACGGCGUCCAACGCCGAGAUCAAGGAGGCGUACCGCUCCCUCGCGGCCGUCUACCACCCGGACAAGCAGACGGACGACGUGCGCCGCUCGGCCGCGCACGCGCGCUUCACGGCCAUCCAGCGCGCGCACGAGGUGCUCCUCGACCCCCGCCGAAGGACCGUGUACGACCUGCUCGGGGAGGAGGGGCUGCGGACGUCGUGGGAUGUCGGGCCGAAGAACCUCAGCCCGCGCGCGAUGCGCGCGCACUAUGCGCGGCAGGCAAACGACAAGUGGCGCGCCGACGCCGACGCGCUCGUGCACAGCAAGGGCAACAUGAGCAUCACGCUCGACGCGCGCGCCGUCUUCCUCCCCGAGUCGGCGUUCGCGGGCCUCGAGGGCGCCGAGAACAUCAAGCACGACGCCGUGUCCCGCCUCCAGCGCGUCAUGCCGGGCCAGGUCACCAUGACGCACAGCUUCGAGACGCCCAUCAACGACCGCACCCAGCUCGUGAUGGAGGGGACCAUGGCCGCGCGCGGCGGCGCAGGCGGCGCGAAUCUCAGCGGCACCCUCCGGCACCAGUUCUCCCCGCGUCUCUGGGCACAGUACACCCAGACGCUGAUGAACCCGCGGAUAUCGACCCUCAAGGGGACGUACACGAUCGACGAGAAUACGUAUGUCACUGGUACGGCGAUUUCGCAGACGUUCCUCGCGCCACCGCGCAUCUCGGCGACCGUCGGCAGGAGGAUAUACGCCGAGACGACGGGGUUCAUCACCUACAACACUGGCUUCUUCUCCCUCGGCCCGUGGGGCGCCGCGAUGCCCGACGAGAUGCGGUACGCCGACCAGUCGGCGCUCUCGAUCGGGGCGACGAACGCGACCAUGUCAGGCUCGGGGUGGACGGUCGAGGCGCAGACGGGCCUGGCGGCCAACCACGCCUCGGCCGACUGGAGCACGCACGCGCUCGGGCUCAAGCUCAAGGCUGGUGUCGGGGUCGAGCUGCGCGGCGGGCACGUGUUCGCCGACGCGACGGCGCACGUCACGGAGCACACUUAUGCCGGCGCCACCUUCCAGCUGUACUUGAGCGGCGGGUUCCAGGUCAAGCUGCACAUCUCGCGCGUGGGCCAGAAGCUCGCGCUGCCCAUCCUGCUGUCGGGCGAGUACAACCCCUACGUCGUGCUGUUCAGCACCGUGAUUCCGGCCGCGGCGUAUGCGGCAUGGCACCACUACUAUCUCUUGCCGCGGAAGCACCAGCGCAUUUCCAAGCGUAUCGAGGAGCUGCGGGAAGAACACGCCGACUACAUUGCGCAGAAGAAGGCCGAGGCAGAGGAUGCUUUGCUGCUCAUGGAGCGCAGCGUCGCGGCCAAGGUGCAGGCCGAGCGCGCGCGCGACGGCCUGGUUAUCCUUACUGCGCAGUAUGGCCGCGCCGAGGACUUUACCGCGCGCGAUAUCCGGGAUAACGGCGCCAUCAUCGACGUCACCGUGCCCGUCCAGGCGCUCGUGCAGAACUCGCGCGUGUUCAUCCCCGGCGCGCGCAACAAGUUCAACCUGCUGGGAUUCUACGACCCGUGUAUCGGCGAGAACAAGAAGCUGCGCGUGCGAUACCUCUUCCGAGGACAAAUCCACGAGGUGACCGUCGACGACGUGCAGUCGUUCCGUGCACCUGUCAAAUCCCAUGCCCUCGAAGAAUAGAAAAUCACCACUCAUAUCAAUGCUCAUACUGCAAUGCA